AUGAAUGCCAUGAAGUUUGUUGUCCUUUUGAUCUUUGUUGGAGUUGUGUGUGCCAAUGUUGGCGCAAGGCAGCUUGAAGAAGUGUCUAAAGAGACAAAGUUAGGCAUCUCUAUUCCCAAAACUGUCACUACGAACGGCAUUGGAGCUGGGCUUAGCAGAGUUUAUGCUGUAACUAGUGCCAACAAUUAUGAAAAUUCCAAUGCUGGUGCUGCUGCAGGUCCCGACGGUCCCAGCGCAGAUACAUCUGCAACUGUCUCUAAAAGUACUUAUGGAUCUGUCGAUGCAGAAGGUCCCGCCACCGUAAGUGCAGGUUCUGACAGUUACACUUAUGGUGGCACCACUGCUGGUGCUGCAGCGGAUUCUGAUGGUUCUGGGAGCAGUGGAAUCGCUUAUGGUGAUGCAUCCAGCCGUACCUAUGGAACCACCAACCCUUGA